UGCAUUCAGCUUUUAACACACCGAGUGAUCACGUGAUUCAGGGUUUAAACUAACAUGGCGGCGACCAGUAUAGUAAAGUAUGCUCUUAGAAGAGGUUGCGCAGCACUGUUGCACAGCAGCAAUGGCCAGGCCUGUUGCAUACGUGCACGCUGGCAAAUUUACAUUCAGCAACAUCGAUCUUUCUUCUGGAACAAACAAAGAAGCACCACUCACAGCGUGGUGAAGCCAGCUACUGUUGGGCCAGCAUAUCCUAUUCCUGAGCACAUAAUGAAGCCAGACUAUGUGACGACAGGCAUUGUACCCGACUGGGGAGACUACAUAGAAAUUAAAGAUGAAGAUCAGAUUCAAGGGCUUCGGCAGGCAUGUCAGUUAGCUCGCCGUAUCCUGCUUCUGGCUGGGAAGAGCUUGAAGGUUGGCAUGACAACUGAAGAAAUAGACUUUAUUGUUCAUGAAGAAACAAUCAGACAGAAUGCCUAUCCCUCUCCUCUGGGUUAUGGAGGCUUUCCAAAAUCCGUCUGUACCUCAGUGAACAAUGUGGUAUGUCACGGUAUACCUGACAGUCGCCCUCUCCAAGAUGGAGAUAUCAUCAACAUUGAUGUCACUGUUUAUUUGAAUGGUUACCAUGGUGACACCUCUGAAACAUUCUUGGUUGGCAAUGUGGAUGAAGGUGGUCGGAACUUGGUGGAGGUUGCCAGGAGAUGCCGGAAUGAAGCGAUCACAGCCUGUGAGCCGGGAGCUCCGCUCUCUGUUAUUGGAAAUACAGUCAGCCAGAUAGCAUUGGCCAAUGGACUGCAAGUUUGCCCAUACUUUAUUGGUCAUGGAAUUGGAUCCUACUUUCAUGGUCAUCCUGAAAUAUGGCAUCACGCCAAUAACCAUGACAUUUUGAUGGAAGAGGGCAUGGCUUUCACAAUCGAACCCAUCUUGAUGGAAGGGUCACCUGAAUUUAAAAUCUUGAAGGACAAAUGGACAGCAAUUUCUGUUGACAACAAAAGAUCGGCACAAUUUGAGCACACAAUAGUAAUUACAUCGGAAGGCACAGAGAUUCUGACCAAACUACCUGAAGAAGAUUUCUGUUGAUUGAAAGUGCAGCAGAGUUCAAGUGACAGAGCACUGCAUUUCCUGGUUAACUUAUUUGUGAAAUAUAAAUGGUUGAAAUUAUUCAUGAACCCCCCACCUCUUGUCCAGUGGUAGCCAGAUUAACCAGUUAAUACUAUAGCGCUUAUAUGCGUUGGCUACCGUUCACUGACCCUUAGUGGUCAUCUUGUUGCCCAUAGUUUGGUGCCUAUGCCUUCCAGUCGUCAUUGCCCUACUACACAACAGGGUGAAGUGGCAAAGUAACAAAGUAUAGCCUAUAUGUGACUUAGUUAAUAUGUUCAUUAAUUGAUAUAAUAUGCAUCACAGGAUGUGUAUGUGUUAGAAAAGGGUUACAUUGGAUUGCUGUGUUUUUUUUUUUUUUUUUUCAUUGGCAGGUAUGCAAUUGCAGAUUUUUUAAAUGUGCUUAUUCAACUGUGUUGGUAGGAUCAUAAUCGAUAGGGACCGCCCAUCGAAAACCAACAGCAAACCUAUGUAAUACCAGGAAGGAGAAUUACUGUGUGUGGCAGUUUUACAUCAAAAUAAGUAUAGUGUAAAAAGAUAGCUGUUUUUAAAAUGAUUAUAUUUUGAGAUAUUGUGUUAAUUGUAUUGCUCUUCGAGACCCUGUUUUUCAAAAGGGGUUCAAUAAAG